AUGGAAGUUCUCAAAUUUCUCCUUCUUUUGUUGUUUGCAGCAACAGUUGAUUGGAGUGAAGCAGGGUUGCCUAGCUUAAGGCAGGGGAGCUCCUUGAAAGUUGAGGAAGAGAUUGACUUCUUGGUUUCACCAAAUGGAACUUUCUCCAGUGGAUUUUACAAGGUUGGCACCAAUGCCUCUUGUUAUUCAAUAUGGUUCACCAAUUCUGUCAAUAAAACAGUUGUCUGGAUGGCUAACAGAGAUAAUCCUGUUAGUGGAAGAGGGUACAAGCUAACUCUCCACAGAAAUGGCAACUUGGUUUUGACUGAUGGGGUUGGAUCAAUUGUAUGGUCAACCAACACUUUCUCUGAUGCAGGCGUGGAGGCUCAGCUUCUUGAGACCGGAAACUUGGUGUUGAUCAACCAAUCAAAGGAGGUCCUCUGGCAGAGUUUUGAUUCUCCUACAGAUACUCUUCUACCAUCACAGGAACUUGUCAGGAACACAACCUUGGUGUCCAUGAGAAGUCAAGGUACAUACUUAUCUGGAUUCUAUAACUUCAAAUUCGGUGAUAGUAAUGUCUUAUAUCUCGUUUACAAUGGCCCUCAAUUUUCGAGUGCUUAUUGGCCAAUGCCAGGUGUAAAUGUUUUUGACUUUGGUAGAACACCUUACAAUAGCUCUAGAGUAGCAAUUUUGGAUGGGGUUGGAGAAUUUAUAUCAAGUGACGGUUUGGUGUUUAAUGCAUCUGAUUAUGGGUUUGGUCCAAAGCGUCGUUUAACACUGGAUUAUGACGGCAUGUUAAGAUUGUACAGUCUAGAUGAAUCAACAGGGCUUUGGGAAGUCUCAUGGUUGCCUGAUGCUGUUGGUGUUUGCCUGGUUCAUGGCUCGUGUGGUGAAUACAGUUUGUGCACUUACAAACCACUACCUACUUGUACUUGCCCUUAUGGUUUCUCCCUAAACGAUCCUUCAGAUAAGUCAAAAGGCUGCUCACCUUCGUUCAAUUUGACUCUUGAUGCAAACAAGUUGGACUUUAUGGAGCUUACUAACUCAGAUUACUAUGGAUUUGACUUGGAUACCUAUGCUCCUAGAGUUUCUUUUGAAGCAUGCAGGAAUGCGUGCCUAUAUGAUUCAAGAUGCAAAGGAUUUGGAUAUGCUUUGGAUGGAAGAGGACAAUGUUUCCCCAAAAGUUUUCUCCGUAAUGGAUUUCAUAUUUUAUGCUUUGCAAUAAUUGAAGCAAUCUGCAUUGGUUUGACAUGGUGGUACGCCUUCCGAAAGCAUGCUCAUGAGGAAUUUGUGAAUAUGGGUUACAUCGCAUUAGCCAUGGGAUUCAAGCGUUUCACGUACGCAGAACUAAAAAGAGCCACCGAUGGCUUUAAACAGGAGGUAGGAAAAGGUGGUUUUGGAACUGUGUAUAAAGGUGUUCUAGAAGAUGAAAGAGUUGUUGCUGUGAAGAGACUAGAUGGCAUCUUGCAAGGAGAUGCAGAGUUUUGGGCAGAGGUGAGUGUGAUAGGGAAUAUCAAUCACAGGAACUUGGUUAAACUAUGGGGUUUCUGUGCGGACAAUGAGCAUAAGCUGCUCGUCUACGAGUACCUGGAGAAUGGAUCACUGGACAAAAUCUUGUUCACAUCAGAUGGGGAACUAGGAUUGGAGCAGAGAUACAACAUUGCUCUUGGCACAGCAAAGGGUUUGUCAUAUUUACAUGAGGAAUGCCUAGAAUGGGUGCUCCAUUGUGAUGUAAAGCCUCAAAACAUACUGUUAGAUGACCACCUUGAACCUAAAGUGGCAGACUUUGGCAUGUCAAAGCUAUUCAAAGACAUCCAUGGCAUCAGGGACAUCGAUGGGAUGGGAAUUUCGAAAGCGCGAGGCACCAGAGGCUAUAUGGCUCCAGAGUGGAUGAUGAACCUGAAAAUUGAUGCAAAGGCAGAUGUCUAUAGCUAUGGGAUUGUUUUGUUGGAACUACUGAGUGGAAAAAGUGCUUCUAUUCUCGUUGCAGCUCUUGCCGAAGAGUACAAUGAAUGCAACCAAUUGGCACAAUGUGUGACUGAAAAGAUCAGAGAAGAAGGGCUUGAGGAAGUGCUUGAUCCUAGACUACUUGGUGAACUCGAUAAGAAGAAGCUCGAAACAUUGAUGAAAGUUGCUCUACUGUGUGUUCAAGAUGAUCGCAGUGCAAGGCCAGCCAUGAGUAAGGUUGUGGAGCUUCUACUUGAAAAUGAUGAGUAAAGGCCAGAUGAAGAA